GUUCUGCAUUUAAGACUUUGUUCCUUCAACUGACCAGCUUAAAGCUUUGAAACAGCACUUUGUUACAUCGUUUUCAGCAGGCAUGUGAUCUGUGUCUCGUCUGUCUCAGAUGAUGCACUGGUGUUGCAUCUGCAAAGAUCAAAGGAAGUCAUCUUCAUGUAAUAGCGCUUCAGACACAUGUUAGGUAGCCAACUUCAAGUUAGCCGUUUCCUCUGACUGACUGCGCACAAAAACAUGCAGCUCUUUCACCCGACAACCGCCUUUCUCGUAUUUGUUCUCUGCAGUGAGCUAAAAUCUCUAGCGAUGGUGGUUGUGAAAUACCCGCGUGAACCGGUAACCAAGGCCGAAGGUCUUUCGAUGUCUCUCAUGUGCACAGUGGAGUAUGAAAGAGAGGACUGCGACAUCGAGGCCAAAUGGUGGUAUACAAACAGCACUGAGCUUUUGCCCAUCAUGGAUCCAAACGCAUUUCUAAUCACAGUAAAUGAAACAAAAACAAAUGAGUUGAGGCUGAGGAAAAUUUCCCUGACCAUCAGAUCCCUGAAGCUUCAGGACAGUGGCCUCUACCAGUGUGAUGCCAAAUGUCUCAACAGUGGGACUCAAGCGAAAGGCCAUCUUGUGAAUGUCACCGUCACAGCUGAUCCAUACAAAGGUAUGAAGGUCUCGACAUGGAGCGGCCAGUUAAAGGCAGAUGCGGCUGCGCUAAUAUGUAGCGCCAUAUUAUUAUUAUUAAGAUGUUAUUAAAUGACAUUGUUUUCAGUAAUACAGGUGUCAAUAUAUGAACCGCUCUGCUGUUAAUCUGCUAGUGUGACCAUCUGUAAUAAUUUUUUUGAAUUCUUGACUUGGUCUUGAAUUAUGUUCUCAUGACAAUAUGUACCUAAUAAUUUGUCAUGGGCUAGAUUUGGUUGCCUGAUGUUGUAUUUUUGUUCUUUAUUUUCUUUGUUGCCAUAAAUUGCUACACUGCUUUA